CACCAGCGUCUGGUAACACUGUGCAACGUUUUUGUUGUUACUGGCUUGUGGGUGUCGAAGCAGUGUCGCGGCGCAAUGUUGGAAGUGGUUUUUGGGUAAACAAAAUCCGUUGAUAAGAUAUUCGCAGGGAGCUAAUCGCGAGUCGCGCGUCGUAUUUACCGUUGGCAAGCCAGAAAAAAGUUCAGCAUAGAUUGCGGCUUAAAGCCAGGCUUCAAUUCCUGUGAGCGCGCGCGUGUGUGUGUGCGUUUGUGCCAUCGGUGUGUAUGUGUUUUGAGCCCAUAAGCGUAGCCCGAAAAAAUAAGUUUUCCUGUUACCAUAUUUUUUACCAAAGGCCAAAAGGGCGCAGCAUCUUCGCUCUCUAUCUCUCCGCUGUAUCGCUCUCUCGUCCGCUAACGCGAGUUUUGCAACUCCGUUUACCGUUUAUUGUGUGUAAACAGCAGGUGAAAAUAAAACGCGAUAAGUGCGGAGAAAUAGGAGAAGGAGGAGAAAGAGCAUUAAGAAGAAGCAGCAACUCCGCGCAGCCCAACAAAAAGUGACGCAUUAAAAAGGUUGCUAAUUACAAAAGGCGAGUCGGUGCAGCAUAGUAUCCAGGAAUGGAGCUGGAGCCGCGAGUGGCCAUACUGCAGGACUUGCGCCUGCAGACCUUCGACUCCAUUCGAUUCGCCUCCUACCGCACCGCCUCCAAGCUGCGCUAUAUACAGAAGUCCACAAAUCUGCAUUUGGUGGACAUAUGGAAUGUGAUCGAGGCCUUCCGCGAGAAUGGUCUGAAUACCCUGGAGCCGCAGAGCGAGGUGAGCGUGGCCAGGCUGGAAACCCUGGUCUCCUCCCUCUACCAUAACCUCAACAAGCGCCUGCCCACCGCUCAGCAGGUGCCCGUGGACUCGAAGGCGGGUCUGCUGCUCAACUGGCUGUUGGCUGCGUACACAAGUGAUAACUCGGGCAAGAUUCGCGUUUUCUCCAUCAAAGUGGCCCUGGCCACUAUGUGCUCUGGCAAACUGGUGGACAAACUGAGAUACAUAUUCUCGCAGAUCUCGGAUGGCGCUGGACAGAUGGUGGCCUGGAAGCUGGGCGAGUUCCUGCGCGAAGUGCUGGCCCUGCCGGCGGCCGUGUACGAGUCGCCCACAUUCCACUACAAGGAGGGGCUCGAGGAGGAGAUCUUCCCGGCCGAGAACAAGGUGACGGUGAACGACUUUAUGGCCACGCUGAUGUCCGAGCCGGGGCCGUCCUGCCUCGUCUGGCUGCCGCUGGUGCACCGGCUGGCCACCGUGGAGACCAUUGUGCAUCCGACUGUCUGCUCUGUUUGCCACAAGGAAAACUUCACCGGGUUUCGUUAUCGCUGUCAGCGGUGUCACGCCUACCAGUUGUGUCAGGAGUGCUUCUGGCACGGCAAGACAUCGCUGAACCACCAGAACGAUCACGAGGUCAAGGAGUACUCGAGCUACAAGUCGCCUAGCAAACAGAUCGGUCACUCGCUGCGCAAGAGCUUCCGCUGUGUGCCCGAGAAGACGGUGCAGGUGCUCCCCCGCUUCCCCGACCAGCCGGAGAAGACGCUCAACCUGUCGCACAUCGUGCCGCCCUCGCCGCUGCCCUCGCACAACGGCUUCUCGGACCCCUCGGGCCUCGUACAUGGCCACCACGGCCAACAUCCGGGUCUUCCGGGCCAGCACGGCCUUUUCGAUCGCUCCAGCACGCUCGAUUCGCGGGCCACAGGCCGCAGUCUGGACAGCGCCAGCGGCACUGCCGGCACAACCAUGUCUCGCGUUGCCGCCGCAUCUGCCAACGACGAGGAGCACCGCCUGAUUGCCCGCUAUGCCGCCAGAUUGGCCCAGGAAAACCGAGCGCCAUCCAACUUGCCCGACAAUGCCACACCAAUUGGCACAGAUAACUCGCGAGCUCAACGCGAGCUAAUUGCCCAACUGGAGUCCAAGAACAAGGAGAUAAUGCGGGAGAUAGCGCGCUUGAGGCGUCAGCAGGAGACGGAGCAGAUGGCCCCAGAGAAUCCGGCGCUAAUCAAUGAACUGCGUGCUCUUAGGCAGCGGAAAGGAGAACUUGAAGGCCACCUGGGUGCCCUGCAGGAUUCGCGACGACAGCUAAUGGAGCAACUGGAGGGGCUGAUGCGAAUGCUGAAGAACCAGCAGACAGCAUCGCCUCGCUCUACGCCCAACUCGAGUCCUCGUUCCGGCAAAUCCCCACCAAUGCCCGGAGGAGCUGGUAUCCUGGGCACCUCCCCCAUGAGUGCGCUACACGCGCAGCAGAUGCAGCAACAUCCGAUGGCAGGGGGAGUCCGAGCCAGCCAGCAGCAACUCAUCCAACAGCAGCAGCAGGCUCAUGGCCACGGGCCAUUCAGCCAGAGUCAGCUGGAGCAGCUCAACCAGAUUAGCAGCGAUAUGCGGAGCGCCUUCGCAGCCAACGGAAGUGCAACGCCACCGCCAAUGCGCACCACCACUGCCACUGCCACUGCCAAUGUCAGUGCCAUUCCCAGCCUCAAUCCGAUUCCGAAUCAGAAUCCGAAUCUGAAUCCCGACGCGGAGCUCAAUGAGGCUGCCGAUCACCUAACGUCGGCCAUUUCCCACAUGGUCAGCGACCUGAACGCAGGACGGGGAAGGGCUCAUCAGGGUCUCCAGCCGGCGAGCUCCCUGCCGCAGGCUCGCUUCAUCAUGCCACUGGAAUUCCGACACAUCGAGGGUGGCGAGUCCGAGGACUCGAGUCAGUGCGAGUGCAACGAUUGCGAGUGCGGGGAGUACGAGGAGGUGUUCCGCACCGACGAGGAUCUCGAGUGCGAGGGAGCUGCAGCUCCAUUUGGGGAUCCAUACACCAGGUACCCUAGUACCGGCGUUCAGGAGGAGGACCACUUUGAUUACACUUUCGGGCAGGGCGAGGAGCUGUCCCAGGUGAACCGUAUCCUGGGCUACCGGAACCAUCCGGAACUGUUUAUCGACGAUGACCAGGCCGGUUUCCCGGCGCUGCACGAGAUCGGUGAGACAAUCGAUGAACUACAGCUGAUCAUGCACGCUUAUAUCAUGAAGUAUAGUCUGAAUUUAUAAAGUGUUCGUCGUAGGUUAUAUACUCUGCGAUCAGGUAAAAUAUGCAAAAUCUACUGCCUCUACAGUAUAGACCAUCUUAGCUCGCUCGACUCACGAAUUUCCACUCCACCUCAGGUAGUUUCAAGUCGGGGCUCUAUCUAUAGUUAUUUCUAUAGUUCUACUACAUAGCUCAUCAACAUUGCUGCACCACUCUCAACCGUCUCUCUAUAUCAAUCUCAGUCAGCUCAUCCUAGUUAGUCUCUAGAUUUGAUUCACGUUGGCUGCUUGACUCAAAAGGAUUCGAAUAAAUUGUCUGAUUUUGAUUUGAGCCUGAUACAGAUAAUACAUAUGCUCACUGCAAACUUGAUCAAUUUCAGAUUUCGACGAAUCUCAAUCGUAUAACCAAGAGUGGAAU